UGGGUGCCUAUAAUGUUGGCAUUACAGGCAGUUAUGUUUUAUUUACCAAAUUGGAUUUGGAAGACUUUACAUCAACAAAGCGAAACAGCUAUAGCAGAUGCCCGUUCAUUACGUUCAAUGUCUUCAUCUAAAAGACAACAAGAAAUGAAUAAAUUAGCCCAAUAUUUAAAUGAAACAUUAGAAUUACACGAAACACAUCGAACCCCUCGUUAUUUUUUAUGUUUACGUUUUGGACGUUCACUUGGCUCUUAUGUUUCUUCUCUUUAUUUAUUUAUUAAAUUUUUAUAUUUGGUUAACGUCCUUGCCCAAUUCUUUUUAUUAAACGCUUUUAUCGGCCAUGGAUUUGCACUUUGGGGUUGGACUGCUAUUCAAUCUUUGUGGUUAGGAGACGGGUGGCAAGACUCUCCAGUAUUUCCACGUGUUUCACUUUGCGAUUUUCGUGUUCGGCGACUUGCUAAUAUGCACAGAUACACUGUUCAAUGUGUUCUUAUGAUUAACAUGUUUAAUGAAAAGAUUUAUCUUUUCAUGUGGUUUUGGAUGUUUUUAGUUGGUAUUUCAACUUUAAUCAAUUUCCUUUAUUGCCUAUUUUCACUGGUACCACCAUCUGCCCGAGAACGUCAACUUCGUCUUUUAUUAAAACAAGCAAAAUUCCAAGAUUUGGUUCACUGCAAAGAAGCUGCCCCUCUCCUUCAACGUUUUGCCAAUUACGCAUUACGUCCUGAUGGAAUUCUUCUUUUGAGAUUUAUUGAGGGUCAUGCUGGUGCUAUUGUUGCAAGAGAAUUAGUUGCUCAACUUUUUUCCGAUUAUGUACAUCAUUGUGAAAGUAAAAAUAAUUAUUUUAUUUAUUUGGAAAUCUGA